AAUCUCUUUAGGUUAUGUGAUUUCGUCACAGUAAUCUCAUCAAAUCGAAUCCAACAUGUUUCUCACAAGGACUGAGUAUGACCGGGGAGUCAACACCUUUUCUCCUGAGGGACGUUUGUUUCAGGUUGAAUAUGCAAUUGAGGCCAUCAAGCUGGGAUCAACUGCAAUUGGGUUGAAGACAAAAGAUGGAGUGGUCCUUGCAGUUGAAAAGCGUAUCACUUCACCCCUUCUGGAGCCUAGUAGCGUGGAGAAAAUUAUGGAAAUUGAUGAGCAUAUAGGUUGUGCAAUGAGUGGAUUGAUUGCCGAUGCUCGAACACUUGUUGAGCAUGCACGAGUGGAAACUCAGAAUCAUAGGUUCUCUUAUGGUGAAUCCAUGACUGUAGAGUCCACGACUCAAGCUCUUUGUGAUCUAGCCUUGCGUUUUGGCGAAGGUGAUGAAGAAUCCAUGUCUAGACCAUUUGGAGUGUCUCUCCUCAUUGCUGGCCAUGACGAGAAUGGACCUAGUUUGUAUUACACUGAUCCAUCUGGCACGUUCUGGCAAUGCAAUGCAAAAGCUAUUGGUUCAGGGUCAGAAGGUGCAGACAGUUCUCUGCAAGAACAAUACAACAAGGAGCUAACUCUUCAAGAAGCUGAGACAAUUGCUUUAUCCAUUCUGAAGCAAGUUAUGGAAGAGAAGGUCACUCCCAAUAACGUUGAUAUUGCAAAGGUGGCUCCAAAAUAUCAUCUAUAUUCCCCUGCUGAGGUAGAAGCUGUGAUAAGUCGCCUAUGAUUUCCCAUUCAAAUUAGUUUUGUGAGGAAACACUUUUUUGUUGGAUAAUGAUACAUUCUACAUGUAGUGCUACACUCUAAUUGAUGCUCCUGUCCAAUUUACUUCAUUCAGUCUAAUUGAAAAUUGUGAACAACUUAAUAACUGGGAAAAUUUACGAUACCGAAUGCUCCAGUUGAGUACUUAAGCACCGUGAUUUAAAAUGAAAACCAUAUUAUAGUGCUUAUUUGAUUUAGAUUUUGGUUGUCCCAAUCGGACGUGAUGAAUUCAAUGUGAUAAAUUAACUCAGUUUGGCGUGGUAGCGUGCGUAUGCACGUAUAUUAUGUAGAAUUAUUUUAUAUUGGUGUAAA